AUGGCUCCGAGGCUAUCCUCCGAACGGUCCACCUCGCCACACGACCAGAGCAGCUUUCCGGCACCACAAGACGACAAUGCUCAGCAUGUGCGUCCCGCUAGCAUCGUUUCCUCGCGAAUGACCGACGUCGGUAGUGACGAUGGUCGGUCGUCAUCCAAGCAAGCCAAGAACCGCGCUGCCAAACCCGGUACUUUUGGCACUUCACGAAACAAAUACCCGAGCCUGGCUCGCCAACAGCAACAGUUUGGCAAGUCUAAGCCAGUCGCUCCUGCGCCCACCACAAAUCGAAGCCAUGUCCCCUCCCUUACUUCCAACGCAUUUUAUCGACCCAUGAGUUCGCAGAAGCUCCAAGCGCAAAGAGCUGCUGCUGCUCGACCCGCUGCCACUCUAUAUCCUCCGGCCGAAUUCGAAACGCUAGAUGACGGCAUGACAGAUGCCGGCGCCUCCACCAUUGGAACCUCGGCAGCGCAUCGCAAAACACCAUCCGACGUUCGUCCUCAGUCUCGCGCUACAGAAAUGGCCGAUCAGGAUACCCUCGACCGCCUGACUGCUAAUGCUAGUCCUACUACUGGCCAUGUCCCAACCGAUAGCUUGACUGAUAGCAUGCGGCCGCUUAAGCAGCGACACAAUAGUACGCAUGAUCACCCGACCUCUCCGGUAGCCGAAAAGUCCACUCGCUCCUUUCGCUCAAGUUUCCGCCUGGGCCGCAGAAGUGAUGCCAGUGCAGGCCGGCACCACGGCAACAACGGCGCUGAGAAGCUUUAUUCAAACGCUUCCUCACCCCGACUACGUCCGGUGGACUCUCAAGGCCGACCCGUGACGGGCGCAACCGCAGGGACGGAACAUGGACACGGCAAGCUUGGCUGGGUCUAUCAAUACUUUGAGGGCAACACGGUUUUCUGUCUAGGCGGCAGGUGGCAAAACACCCGACAUCGGCCCAUGAACAUCGCGACUGGCAUCUUCGUACUCGUGCCCUGUGUUCUCUUCUUUGUGUCCGAAGCGUCGUGGCUCUGGCAUAAUAUUACCCCGGCUCUGCCCAUCGUUUGCGCCUACCUCAGUUUCAUCUGCUUCUCUUCAUUUGUUCACGCAUCUGUCUCGGAUCCUGGCAUUUUGCCGCGAAACCUUCAUCAGUUUCCCCCCCUCGGAGACAAUGACGAUCCCCUGCAGCUGGGACCGCCAACGAAUGACUGGACCCUCGUCAAGUCGGCCGAACCUUCGGCUGCUGCUAUGGAAGUUCCAGUGAAACACUGCCGCACCUGCAACAUCUGGCGCCCGCCUCGUGCUCAUCACUGCCGACUGUGUGACAACUGUAUAGAGACACACGAUCACCACUGUGUCUGGCUCAACAAUUGCGUUGGCAAGCGCAACUACAAGUACUUUUUCGUGUUUAUUUCGAGCGGAACUCUCCUUUCGCUCUUUCUUAUUGGCACGAGCCUGGCGCAGAUCCUCAUCUACCGGAGUCGCGAAAGCAUCACAUUUGGCCAAGCCAUUGACCACUUUCGAGCUCCCUUUGCUCUGGUCAUCAUUUCUGCCUUGGCAUUCUGCUAUCCCUUUGCUUUGCUCGUGUACCACGUCUUCUGGAUCGCUCGAGGCGAGACAACGCGGGAAUAUGUCAACUCCCACAAGUUUGAUAAGAAGGAGCGCUAUCGACCAUUCAGCCAGGGCAACCUGUUCAAGAAUUUUAUGGCAGUCCUCUGCCGGCCGCGGGGCCCAAGUUACUACACAUUCAAGGGCAACUAUCAGUACGGUGACCAGCGCCUCGGAAUGCGGCGUGACCUCCGUCCCCGUCAAAAUUCCCAGGGACUGGAGCUGGGCUCUGUCCAAGGCACUGCACAAGGCUUUCAGGGACCGGUUGCACUCCGGGGUGAGAGUCGCCAGUGA